GCCUUCAGCGUCUGCAUCGUUAAAAGACGGCAUUACGAUACAGUAUCGUGGUGCAGUAUCGUGGAAUAUAAAAACACGACGUCGUUUCGUUAGUUUACUGGACCGGUGUCAGCAUUGUAAAAACAGUGCAUCUGUUCCAUUGUCUUUUCCGUAAAAUGGGCCGUUUUCUGGACAAAGUACUACUCAUUUCCCUGCUGGUUUAUACGGGUGAUUGCGGAACAAAUACAAUUAAAAUUCCAUACGAUAGAGUCCAAAUUCAAGUCUUUAGCAAUCCAUCGGAUAGGACGCCGCUCUUCUAUGCAUCUGCCCCGAGACUCUUGUCAUCUGCUCUGGUGUCCGCUUCCGUGACCGUUGAGCCAAAUACAAACUGUCUGUUAGGUUCAGUAACAAUCACUCGGGUGGAGGAUGAAUGGGCUUUUACCGGUUUUGCACGAGACCAAGCUUCCUGGCUCAUGUACCUCCGUGUGCAAGCCAAGUUGCCUCCGUUCGACUUUAAAUGGAUGCUGGUAGGCUACUCAACCAAUGACUCCACCCCAACGACCACAACCAGUGCUUGGCAGUUCCUGACCAACUGGGACCCGACGGCCUCCGUGCGCAUUGCCUGUCCCAAGGACGCCACGUACAACGAUACGAUGUGGGACGAUAGUGGGAUUGUUGCAUCGCGUUUAUUUGUUGCUUUCGCAAUAGACUCGAGCGUUCGUUCGACUCUACUGUGCAUCGAUACAACCCAUCUUCCCAACAACACGAUUGUUAACUUCGUUGCGGAACGGCUCUCAGCCGGGCAAAAUCACGUGUUUAUGUCCGCUAAGGAUUACAACAGUUUCACUAAAACGCUCGUUGCAGGAGCCGUUGAAAAGUUGUUAGGCGAAAACGAGUUCGUUGAAGAUGACGAAAUGGAAAGACUGGAAAGGGAACGGAAAAUGGAAGCUGUUUUCCCGUAUAAUUGUACCACAACCGCUAACUUUACGUCGGAAAUGUGGGGGGCAACGUUUUGGUCGACUGAGCGUCCCGAUGUCAAAGCACGCCGAUUGGAUGACGUUCUCAGGAGCCAUCGUGAGUGGGUGCGGGAGAGGAUGAAUGGCACUAACAGUACAGCACCAAUUUCGGUAAUACUAGCUUAUGAUGAGGUGAUUGAAGCGCACGAAUUGUACUUCAGGGACAACGCGAAACGCGUUUCAGGGGAAGUUCACCUGAACGAGUUGACCGUGUAUCGUGUUAAUCUGGAAGUCUUCCGUCAAAAUACGCCGAUAUGCAUCGGGAAUGUUACGGUUUCGACAAAAGGUGCCAAUUAUACUGCUGCGGUACCGGCAAAUGUCGGCGAAAAAAUCGUGUUCGAUGAUGGGAUAAUUAUGUAACAUGAACAUGUAGGUUGCUGAAUAGUUCAGGGACUUCCGCUUCAACGUAAUAGAUGAAGUAAAUACGACUUCUCUGCUGAUACCGUCGCUUUUGGAAUGCUGGAUGGUUAACUAACAAAGUCGGUUGUAAUUAUAGUAGAGCCGUGUUUCAUCUUUCGUUUGAGCUUGUUCUUCGCCCUUUUUUGUACCGCUGGUCCGUAACUGGUCUGUUAGCAUAAAAAGCAGAAGCGAUUAAUUGACUGAUCAACGGUACCAUUUGCACUGUUUGGAUGUGUUCAAAUUAA